GAUAUUAGUACUCGAUUUCUAGAAUUCUUCUAGUGCGAAUUUCUGUGGAUGUUCUGAGGGUUCAACCAAUGCAUGUGCUGUAGCGGGUAAGUGCUCCGCCUGCAUUUUAUUGGGAACUGGUAUCUCGGAAGAUUGGUAAUUAUGAUGCAGGUGAUACUAGCCUGAGAGCGAUAAGGAAGGAUAAGGAUUGGCUAUGGAGCUCGGUGAAUGUUAUGAGCCUAUCAAGAGACCGCUUCAUGGCCCAUAGGAACCCCUUUGAGGCUCGCCUGGCUAAGUAUUAAACUUGAGCUUGAGGCUUGAGUUCUCGAAGUAACCAGAGGUGACCCCAGUAGACGGAAAAAUCUAGGGUCGAGAGUCGGACCGUUAGAAUUAUUGAAUGACGUCACGGAAAUCCCGCGAUUGAUAUAAAGAGCUCCCUCCUCUUUCAAGAAUUGUCAUAUCUAAUCAUUUCAUCCACCAUGCCUGAAGGAAAAAUGAAAGCCCUCUGGUACGACGCACCACACAAAUUCUCUAUCAAAGAAGUCCCAAUUCCUCAAGUCGGUGACGACGAUGUGCUCUUGAAGGUCACUUGUUGUGGUGUAUGCGGUACAGAUGGGCACAUCCACGAAGGCGAAUUCAUUUCCAAAUUUCCACUUAUUCCGGGACAUGAAGCCAUCGGAACUGUCGUUGAGAUGGGCAAGAACGUGAAAGGCUUUGAAAAAGGUGACCGCUGUGUCGCUGAUGUCGGAAUCACGUGCGGGAGUUGUUUUUACUGCAGGCGUGGCCAAGAGUUACUUUGUGAACACUUUAACGCUCGAGGGGUGACCCAAGAUGGUGGUUUUGCCGACUACAUCGUAUAUCAACAAAAGAAGCUGUACAAGAUCAAGAACCUAAGCGACGAAGAAGCCACACUUCUUGAACCCGCCGCAUGUGCUAUCCACGGCCUCGACAAGCUCAACCCCCAAGUUGGAAUCGAGGUUCUCCUCCUUGGUGCUGGACCAACGGGUCUUAUUCUCGCACAGCUGCUCAAACUCAAUGGUGCAUCGCGAGUCGUCAUUGCUGCCAAUAAGGGUAUCAAAAUGGAUAUUGCCAAAGAUCUUGAGGCCGGAGACGAAUACAUUGAACUCGACAGGCAGCAACCUGAGGCGCAGUGGAAGAAGCUCAAGGAGGAUAAUCCUUAUGGCUUUGACGUUGUCGUAGAAGCAACGGGUGUGGAGAAGCUAGCGAAUGAGAGUAUCAACUAUGUCAGACGAGGAGGUACCUUAAUGAUAUAUGGCGUGUACGAGAAUAAGGCUCUAGUACACUGGCCUCCAAGCAAGAUUUUCGGUGAUGAAAUCAAGAUCAUCGGAUCCUUCUCACAAACAUAUUGCUUCCCGCGCGCUGUUGCAUACCUCGACAGCGGUAAGAUCAAGGUGAAGGGGAUGGUUACCGACGUCUUCAAACUGGAAGACUAUCAGGCAGCAUUGGACAAGAUGAACAGUAGGAAAGCAUUGAAGAUUGCAAUCAAGCCUUGAAACUUGAAGCUUGAUGCUUUGCGCAGAAAUCGGAACAGUGUACCCGCUUACCCACAACGUAUUUAUUUGUAGUACGAAAAGAACUGUACCAUGUAUGUAUUAUCGUCUUCGUAGUGUCUUCGUAUUAGUUUUUCAGUAAUGAUGUAGCCACUUUUUUCGAGUCCGUA